AUUUUUCGCGGGAAGUCGAGGUGAAGGAAGCAGUAAACUGAAGUUUAUUUAGGCGAAGUUUGUGGUUCUUCGAAGGAGUAAUUAAAGAGAAGAUAUAAUGAAUUAAUUAAGGGAAUGGUUCAGGGAGGAGGAAGAAUCAUCUGAAGCUUCUUUGAGAGGAUAAUAGAGGUUUGAGCUGAAUUCUCUAUCGCUAAUGGUUUUAGCAAUGAUCACUGAACCAACAAUAUCCAUGUUAAACAGGUUUUUCACGUAGGUGCGCCUAAUGCGCACAUUUCGUUAGAAAGAGUUGUCACGUGCGUCGAACGAUCGCGUGCGCCGCGUGAGUGGCGGUACACGUGCACGGCCUAGAGAACCUGACGCAAUGCAACGAGCGCAAGAGCGCUCACAUAUUUUUCUAUCGCGAAUCGCGCCGUGAAGUUCAUCGGUCAUGACAUCGCUCGUUUAUUGAGUUAGAAGUGGAGGAUUAUGGGUCAACAAUCAGCAUUUUUUAAGAUUCUCAGUGAUCCAACUCUCCACAAUGCUGGAGUACGAAAAAAUUUCCGAAACAUUCUCGACUCUGCCCCCAGACAAACUCGACUUCGAGUCAUUAGUCAUCGAGGAUAAUUCUGUAGAGUCUCACUGUUGGCGGGCUGAGGUGCUAAAGGACUUGAGAAAAUUUCAGAGAUUGAGAAUUGAGGACUCCUCGAGAACUUCGGCCGAUGAUCUUGCGCGGAUAAUUAAGGACGGCUACUGCCUACGCGAGCUGUCCUUAUCCUAUUCACAACUGACUGAGGACCUCCUGCGGGUGAUAGCGAGGGAAAAUGUGUCUCUUCAGACGAUGCGGGUGGAGGCGCACACAGAUACGAAGCCCCUCGUGAAAAUUAGCGACUCAGCAUGGGCCACUCUACAAACCCACUCACCCAAUUUAAAUCUCGUUAUAACUUGUUACCUGGAGGACGACGAGGACUGUGAGGUAGUUCUCGCACCCCCGGUAACCCACCUGUACCUGGGGGGAUCUCCCUCGUCGCGAAUCAUCCGCAGAGUCAGCGAGAGCUGUCCCCGAUUGGUGGAGCUUGUCAUUAAUUCCUGCAGUUCAGGAAUUAUUGACAAGGAGCUGCUCAUGACAGCGAGAGGAUGCCCCGAGUUAUCUGCGAUAGGACUCGGUGAUUGUGAAGUUACCUGCUCCGCACUCGUACAAUUCGCAAAGAUUUGUAAGCAACGACUCCAAAUUCUGUACGUGUGGGAAACGUCCCUCAUUGAGGAUGAGAAUUUCGACAUCGCUGAUGCUGUGUCCAAUGUGUCCUCGUCCCUGGGACGAUCGUGGACACCGGAGUAUGUGCCACCGUGGUGAGGAUGCAAUGGACAAUUGCAUUCAUCCAAACGAAAUAUUGAACUUUUCGUGUUAGGAUAAUUAAUUUUAAAAUUAGAAAGAGGGACAGCCAAAUUGGUACAUUGAAAAUUUUGAAAUUUAACAAAAUUUUUAAUUGUAUCGCUCGUGAAUGUUCAAUUAACGUGGUAAUCAUUAAUUUGAAUCUUCAACUUCCGAAUUAUAUUAUUAAUCAAUAAUUUAAUUUGGAAGACUGUGGAUUAUUUGGCUCAUCAGGACAUUGAUCAUUGAUCAUCAGGACAUUUAUUGAAAUCCUCAAAAUUGAUGAAUUCGAAUUAAUCAUCUCCCUGAUAGUUUUUCUAUUUAUUUUCCCUCGAGUAGUCCGUAGUUCCGACAUUCACAACCAUAAAACACCUUAAGAUUAAGAAAAGAUCUCACCAAUUGUCAUAAACCAUCCCACAUUUAUCAUCAAUCAACGCGUCCAGAUGCUGUAUUAUGUUUGUACAUCAAAUUAUUUACAUACAAAUCAUGUUAUUAUUUACAAAAUGAUAUUUGUACAGUUACCAUUACCCCAUGUCUAACGAACAAUGAACUUCUCACAAUUGAAUUCCACUAAUCAUUGACGCCAUUUUCGCAUUCCGCACCCAGAAAAAUGAUAUCUAACAAGUAGAAAUUCUAUGAUCGAUCGAAAUCGUUUAUCGAUCCAAUAGUCACAACGGAAAAUUCUAUUGUAACACACAAAUAUCAUUUAAAUUUGAAUGCUUUCAAUGAAAAUAAAAAUUAUUGGUGUCAAAUCCGAAGUGUUUGACCUAAACCAAAAUUGAAUUGUGUGAAAUCGAUUUCGUUCGGUGCAAUUUUCGUUCAGUUUAAAUCAAUACUUGUACUUGGAUGGACGAUGUGGAUCUAUUAUGAAAUUUCUAUUUGUUAGAAUUUUGUUUUCUCAGCACACCAAUCUCUCGUUAAUUCUACUGAUAAUACUAGAUUAGUGUCGCAGGACUCUCAGUCUUAUGUACUAGCUGGUACAUUGAUAAAUUAAAAACAAAAUGAUUGUCCACGACCAUAACUCAAAUUAUAUUUAAAUGUUCCAUGUCAUGCGAAGCCUCAGAAGUGUAAAAAACAUUGACAAGUAGAAAAAUUAAUUAACAGACAUUGGAAUACGUUGAUAACUCAAUAUUUAAUACCAGCUUAGUCUGUUCUUUUAUAUUAGUAAAGCUUCAAUCAAACGUCCAAUUUAUCAGACCUCAUUACCUAAUUAAUCAAUGAGUAGAGAUGGAGGACAGCGGAUUCCACAGUAAUAUAAUUAUUCGAAGAUAAACGAAUUUGUUAAAUCAACAUAACUAUUAAUUAAUUGUCACAGGUGCCCUAUUCCAAUGUUUUUCACGUUUUUCUUUGUUGAAUGAGGUAGGACAUCAUCAUGACGCCUACCCUGAAGUGGGGCUGCUGCAUGAAAUUUUUUCACUCAAAAAAAUUAUGAAACACUAUUUUUAACAAUAAAUAUGGACAUGUAUUUUUUAA